AUUUAGAUCAUCUACGGUAUUGAUAAUUUCAACAGAAAAAGAUCAAGGAUGAUCCUUGAUUUCUCUUGCUCCACUUAAACUACUUACGGUCCUAUUUCUUCAUCUGCCUUUCAUUUGCAUCAUACACCAGUAAUCGUUUUGUGUAGUUAAAUAGAAGAUGAAACCAGUUACGCCGUACUUCAAGUUGCAUCAUAAUCGAUCAUCCGAAAUAUUAUUCUGAACUUUCGCCUGAGAGAUCUAAAUAGAUCAUCUGAUAAAUAAUAUCUUUCAAACGAGAGAGACUGUAUCGCGGCAAUAUUUUAACACGAAAAUGAAUUUCUGUAUUUACAAACAUGACGAAAUGUUUUUUAAAAUAAACAAAUUUUUUAAUUUAAUGAUAGUUCUUAACUAUUUUAACUGUGGACUUACACAGACACGGAGACCUAUACACCAGCAAGAUAGAAACGUGUACAAUUUACAUUUGUAAAAUAUACGAUAAACGAACGGAUGCUUGAUAUGAAAUUAAUUUAUAUUUUUUUCACAAUUAUUUUCAUAAAAUGAACAAAAAAUUUUUUUUUUGUCAUUUAAUAAUAUAUCGAUAAAUUCACUGUACACACACGUAGAUGGAUAUGUCGAUAAUCAUUCUGUACUUAUGGAUGAGCCAAUGAAAUUACGUUUCCUUUUGAAAAAUGAUAGUAAAUAUUAUUAUCUUAUAUUAUUUGGUAAUAUUAUUGACGUAAGAGGGUUUCUGAGAUGUACGAUUAUGCCGGAAGAGAUCGUGAUCUUACAAUUACGUCGAGAUUUCGUUUCUUUCGUGACGCGAGUACCCUAAUCGACAGGUCGAAGUCACGUGCGUAGGCCCAAUUAAAAUUUAAAGCUAUUUCACUCAUCCACUGAACGUCUCAUCCCGUAAUUCAUCAUAGAGUGAAGGGAAUAUACGUUCUUUUACGCCUCCCACAUCUACGGUUGCUCAUCCUAAUGCAGGGAAGGAUAUGUAUACGCAACACACUAAGGAUAAACUGUAACAAAGGAUCAGCAGACUAUAUAAACUCCGCGGAGCAUCAUUUUCUCAGUCCUCAUAGAAUCUUCGCUCAUACAGCAAUAUGAAUUAUCACGAGUGUAUGACAAUUGUCAUAGUACUAUCGUGUAUCGGUAGUAAUGUACUUGCUGGACUCCUACCGGGAGGUGGUGAAAGUGGUGGGUAUCAAUACAGACCAGGUAGCGGAUUCAAUGAUAGAUUCGGCGGGGUAGGUCUUGGCAGAGGUGGUGACUUCGGUGGAUCAAACUUUAGAGAUAGACCUGCUGGAUUAUACGGAGCACCAGCUUUCGGAGGGGAUGGUAAUCGUGGCGGUGGUGGUGAUUUUGGAGGACCAUCUUCGACUUAUGGGGCACCUGGAUUUGGUACCAGUGGUAACAGAGGAUAUCAAGGUGGUUUUAACGGAGAUUAUGGAAGGCCUCAACCAUACAAUUUCCAAUAUCAAGUUUAUGAUCCACCCAGUGGAAAUGAUUAUUCCCAACGCGAAAGUAGCGAUGGAAAUCUUGUGCAAGGAGAAUAUAGAGUUCUGUUACCCGACUCAAGAACUCAAAUAGUUAAAUAUACAGCCGACGAUGCAAACGGUUACAAUGCAGAUGUUCAGUACGAAGGUCAGGCUCAAUAUCCACAAGAUGGUAGAUAUGGAAAUAAUGCUUUUGGAAAUGGAAACGCUGGAAGUAAUCAAUAUUUACCUCCACGUGGAAAUUACCGCAAAUAAAUAAGAUUAUGUACUUUAUAUUGAUGUACUCGUCCAAGCUUGAGCAACAACAACCACUAUAGACCUCUUCACUUUUGCAACUUUUUAUUUAAUCGUGCAUAUUCUCAUAUGUCAUCGUUCAUAGCUAUUUAUGUAAUGUAACUAUGAAAUAGUAUAAUUUAUUACAUAUACAUAUACGUUACAUAUACAUUUAAUUUUAUACGCGAUAAUAUUAUAAUACAAGAAAUACAUACUUGCUUACCGCAACCCUGCCCUCCAUCGAGGAAUUCUGCAAUUUAUAUAUAACUAUCUAUGUAAUUAUAUAUACUUGUAGUAAAUGACGAAUAUAUACCUUUUAUAAUCAUCUUACCAAAAUUCGUAUCAUCUUCAUAAACAGAUCCAUGAUUCUUUUUCCCCAUUUUUAUUUAAUUGAUGAAUU